GGAAGGGAUAGUAAUGCCGUGGCUUUUGGUUUCGUUACACAUAUCUUUCACGUGAGCGCUCGUUAGCUGUCAUUUGUUACUUUAAUUUCGAUUAUAUAAAUACAUAUUUGAAACAUUCGAGACGUGAAUAAUUUUACAGCGCACGAUAGUGUUGCAAAGUACGAUGAGCUGCAAUCCUGUCAAGAAAUUCGACGAACUCGACGAGAGCGCGCAGCAGUUGCUCCAACUGGGUAAGAAAGCCCGAGACUUUGCGUACGCGCCGUACAGUCACUUCAGGGUGGGUUCGGCGCUGCGCUGCACCGAUGGUAAAAUCUACACUGGCUGCAACGUGGAAAACGCCUCGUUCCCGGCCUCGAUAUGCGCCGAGCGGUGUGCCCUGGGCAAGGCCAUAUCCGAGGGCAAACAGAGCUUCGACUCGAUCGGCGUCGUGGCGGAGCGCGUCGAGGGCAGGCUCACUACACCCUGCGGCGUUUGCCGGCAGAUGCUCGCCGAGUUCGGUGACUUUAAGGUUUACGUGGCUAGUCCCGAUCUGUGCGACGUUCUCUCGACCACGACCCGCGAUCUGCUGCCACACGCCUUCACUUGCAACAACCACGUUUUGACACUCAAUUCAAAGGUGUAAUGAUACAUGUGUAUUAUUACUUAGACAUGCCUCUUUACAGUUUGAUGAACUUAUGCAAAAGUAACGUCAGUGCGUCGUUACUACUUUCGGAGUUUGGUUGCAACUUUUGCGGCAAUAGAGCCGGGAAACUUAGAAGCCCUCGACCUUUUAGUACGUACAAAUUCGUAGGAUUGAAAUGAAGCAGGAAUUCGAUACUUUUUUUUUGUUUUUUUUUGUUAUUUGGGUAUUUUAAUGCGAUUUGGAAAUAUUUUUUUUCAACAUAAU